UUAUAAGCCAACUUUCAUUCCAAGCAGACGUGCUGGGAGUUUCGCAUCGGAAAGCGGCGGUUUUUUGUUUCGCCGUUGCAGCAGCAGCAGCGUUAACUCGUGCAAAUGCAGCCAGGUCGCCCAAAACGAGAAAUAAGUUCACGUUCAUAGUAUCCACAAUACCCAGUACCCAGUAUGCACAUAAUAUACAUAAAACAUCAUAAUUAGCCAGUGGAAAUUCAGUGUGAAUGCAAAGUGAAACCUUAAUGAACGCAUCACGAUCGCUCACGCCAUCUAUGUGUUAUGUUUAUGUGUAAAUCUUACAACUACGACCAAAAAAAAAAAACAAAAAAACACGAGAUAUAUACAUAUAUAUGACUAAUCGACAAGUGUGUGCAUAAAUUAAUCGCUGCUGAUGCCGCAACAACAACAGCAACAGCAACAACAACAACUGAAACAACAAAGCUAAUGCUAUAUAGCCAAAGCUAAUGCUAAUCGGCAGCCAACGGCAUCGGGCAUUAUAAUCAUCAGCUUCAGUUUCAGCUACAGCUUCAGUUUCAACUUCAACUUCAGCAGCGACUUUUGCAGCAUCCCGGGCAUAAUUAACACACCUGCCACUUGCCACUUGCCACCAGCAGAUACAAUGUUUUGCUGCAACAUACUGUUGCACGGAUAUAUAGCCGUGGCCACAUCCAUAUCCACAUUACAACGGGCCACAAAAAGAGCCAUGACACCUCCAAAUGCAGUGGCCCUCAUUAUGCUGCUACUGUUGGCACUGUGCGCCGUUGGAAAUGGCCAAAUCUGCGGUCCGCCGGCGGUGCCGCUGAAUGCCAAGGUGCGAACCAUCACCGUUGACUCGCAGAUCGCGGAGGCGCACUACGAGUGCGACGCUGGCUACGAGCUCUUCGGGCCAUCGGCGGUCAAGUGUGACCGGCGGACGGGCUGGGAGCGGGAGCUGCCCUUCUGCGGGGUGAACGUGGCGUACCGCAAGCCGGUCAACCAGAGCUCCUACACACGGAGCGGUCCUGCCAGCUAUGCGAACGAUGGCAAGCCGGGCAAUAAGAAUCCCGAUGGCCAGGAGUGCUCCGAGACGCAGAAGGAGCCAUCGCCGUGGUGGCGCGUCGACCUCCUCACCCCUCAGGCGGUGCACGUGGUGCGGAUAACGACGCGCGGCUGCUGCGGCCACCAGCCACUGCAGGAUCUGGAGAUCCGGGUGGGCAACAGCAGUGCGGAUCUGCAGCGUAAUCCGUUGUGCGCCUGGUACCCGGGCACCCUCGACGAGGGCGUGGUGAAGACAUUCACCUGUGCGCGCCCGCUGGUCGGUCAGUAUGUGGCCAUUCAGCUGGUGGGCGUGGAGGGCAGCCUCAGUCUGUGCGAGGUGGAGACGUUCACCAACGACGAGUUCUCCGUGGACCGAUGCCUGAGUCCGAAGAUCGGUGUGGAGACCGUGGUAACGACAUUCUCGAAAACCUGCUACGACUUUCAUAUCACAAAAGGAGAAAGCUUCGACAAGGCGCAAACCAUUUGCAAGCAGACUGGUGGCGACUUGGUACACGACUUUCGUGGCGCCACCAGCUCGUACAUCUUGUCCGAGCUGGAGCGCCGGAAGAGCGAACUGAAGCCGCAGCUCGUGUGGAUUGGCGCCCAAAAGGAGCCGGGCAUCACAUCGCGCACCUGGAAAUGGGUGAACGGCGAUGUGGUGCAAAAGCCAACCUGGGGCAAGGAUCAACCAAAUAACUACAAUGGCGAACAGAACUGCGUGGUCCUAGAUGGCGGUCGCAAUUGGCUGUGGAACGAUGUGGGCUGCAAUCUGGACUAUCUGCACUUCAUCUGCCAGCACUCUCCAUUGUCGUGCGGCUCGCCGGAUGCCCAGCAAAACACCACUGUCAUGGGCAAAAAGUUCACUCUGGGCGAGAAGAUCCAGUACACCUGUCCCAAGGGCCACUCGCUGCUCGGUCAGACGGAACGGGAGUGCAGACUCGAUGGCACUUGGAGUGGCUCCUCGCCGAACUGCAAAUAUGUGGACUGCGGCAGUCUGCCGGAGCUGAAAUUUGGCUCCAUUCACAUGUCCGAGGAGCGGACGAGCUUCGGCGUGGUGGCCACGUACAGUUGCCACGAGAACUACACGCUGAUCGGCAAUGAGAAUCGCACGUGCGCCGUGGACGGCUGGAGUGGCAAGCAGCCGGAGUGUCUGGUGGACUGGUGUCCGGAUCCGCAGCCCAUUGCCGGUGGCAAUGUGCGAUUCAAUGACAAGAGGGCCGGUUCCACGGCCACGUAUGUCUGUGAGCCGGGCUAUGUGCUAGUUGGCGAGGCGAUCAUCUCGUGCGGAUUGGGUGGCGAGUGGUCCAGCAAGACGCCCUCGUGCAGAUUCGUAGAUUGCGGUGCACCGGCGCGACCAAAUCGUGGCAUUGCCAUACUGCUGAACGGCACCACCACCGUCAACUCGGUGGUCAAGUACGAGUGCGACGAGGAUCACUGGCUGGAUGGGCAGUCGGAGCUGUAUUGCACCCGGGAUGGCAAGUGGUCCGGUGAGGCGCCCGUCUGCGAGCUGGUCACUUGCGAGACGCCAGCGGUGCCGUCUGGUUCCUUUGUCAUCGGCUACGACUACAAUGUCCACUCGAAGAUCCAGUACAACUGCGAUCCCGGUCACAUCAUGCACGGCACACCGGUGCUCGAGUGCCUGGACACCGGGGAAUGGAGUGCCGAUGCGCCCUACUGCGAAUACAUCGACUGCGGCACAAUCCUGCCCAUUCCCUAUGGCAGCCACAAGUACGCGACAAAUACCACCUAUGUGGGUUCCGAGGUGGUCUUCAGUUGCUCCCAAUCCCACAAGCUGAGUGGCGUCCUCAAGCGCACGUGCCUCGAAUCCGCCGUCUGGAGCGAUGCGUCGCCCAAGUGCGAGGAGAUCCGCUGUCCGGAACCGAAACUGGCGGCGCAUAGUCUGCUCUCCGUCACCGGGAAUGAUCGCAUGUAUGGCAGAACACUGAUCCGCACCUCCGAAUCGGCGCAGAACACAGCUCAGACCUACAAGAUUGGAGCUCUGGCCAAGUACCGCUGCGAACGGGGCUACAAGAUGGUGGGUGAGGCACUGGCCACCUGCACGGAUAGCGGACAGUGGAGCGGCAGCAUUCCGGAAUGUGUGUAUGUGGAGUGCGGUGCGCCGGAGAGCAUUGGCAAUGGCAAGGUGGUCCUGGCCACAAAUGCCACCUACUACGGCGCCGCUGUCCUCUACGAGUGCAAUGUGAACUUCAAGCUGAACGGCGUAUCCCGUCGCCUGUGCACGGAGCACGGUAACUGGAGCCACGAGGCGCCCGAAUGCGUGGAGGUGGUCUGCGAUACGCCCAACAUCAGUGAGAAUCUAAUUGUGGAGGCGGGUCCACGGGCUGUGGGUGCCGUGGCCACCUUCAAGUGCGCCAAGGGCAGGAUCAUGAUGGGAAAUGAGACGCGCGUGUGCCAGAAAAACGGCAAAUGGACGGGAAAGAGUCCCACCUGCAGACCCGUCGACUGCGGCCGUCCGCUGGCCAUCGAGAAUGGCCGGGUUAUUGUGGUCAACGAUUCCACGUUGUACGGCGGCUCGGCGGAGUACCACUGCAUACCGAACUACAACCGGGUUGGUCAGUACCUGCGCAAGUGCACCGAGGAUGGAGCGUGGAGCGGCAAGCAGCCGCGUUGCGAACUGGCCACGGCGGAGGGUCAGGAGACUUCGGAGCUGGGCACGGGCGUGGGCAUUGGGGCCACCGUGAUCGUCGCCCUGCUGGUGAUCUUCGGCUUGAUAUUCCUCUAUCGCAAUAAGGCGAGACCCGUGAAGAACACGGAGAAUGUGCAGGCGGCGGAGACCAAGGAUGAGCGCAAUGCCGCCGUUAUGUCGUACUCUACGCUGGAGGCGAACAACCGGAUGCACAUGGACAACAAUCCGUCGGCGACGUUCAACACGUUCCACGGCGGAGCCGGCGGACGGAACAAUGGCGGCGGUAAUCCGGAUGCCAACAGCAAUGGCGAAAGACUGAACAACAAUCGUUCGGAAAACAUUUACGAUCAAAUACCAAACGAGCAAUUCUACGACGCUCCCUACGAGAUGCGCACCAAUGAUGAGGUCUACGAACCGGAACCGGUGGCCAGUAAUGUCAUCACCAUCAAUGGCAUAUCCGUGAGAUAGAGAUAGAGAUACAAAUGAAUCUUUGUAUCUUUGUGUUGAUAUCAUCCUGAAGGAGGCACCGGAUGACAGAAUUAAUUGACGAACGUUUAACGUUAGUUUUGUGUGUUAAUAACUGUACAUAUUAAUUGUUUAAGGGAGGUCUUGAGUUACUCGUAGUUCGCCUAAAUCUAAAACAUGCUCACCCUAUGUACACUGUGCACCCCACCCCCACAUGUACACUGUAGCCCCUUCGUAUGAUUUAGGUCUAUUCAUAUACCGCAUAAUCUAUUAUUAUUAUUAUUAUUAUUAUUAUUAUAAUUAUUAUAGAUAUUAUACAUAUGUAUUUAACAUGUCCAAAUCGAUGUACCUACUAUGCAGUCCAUGUACUGAAAUCGUGACUUGUCGCGUAGGAAUUUUGGAUCACGAGCCGAAAGAUAUUCGCUCCAUAUUCAUACUCGUAUUUUUUUGUUUGUGUUAAAAAAUGUUAAAUUAUUUUAACUAUUGUAGUGAGAGGAGUGAAACAAUUUUUUUGUUAUGCAAUGUGUAAGAACUCGCCAAUGUGUGUAAUGUAAAAAGCGUUAAUUUUACGUACAAUUAAACGAUUGUGGUUGACUAAUUUA